GCCGCGCCGUGCCGUUCGUGUUAAACCCGUGCGUUCUCCGAGUCGCGUGUUUCGAGCCGGCAAAUUGAACGACGUGUCGACGGGGCCGGAAACGCCGAAGGGAUCCCGAAGCGGCGCAGAUUCGUCGCCCCGGUUUGCGUCCGUCUCGACGACGGCGACGUGUCCGGCGUGAAAUAAAGAUUCCUUUGUUUCUCGAUGUACCUUCGAUUGUUAUACAUUUAGUGUGUUGGUGCACGUGGCUGCUGCGGUUCAUACACGAAUUUGGUGUCCACGGACCUGCGCACAAAGGGCGAAACCAGAAGAUUAUGACCAACUUCCAACGUGUUAAAACGCAGCCCAGCUAAUCAACGGCUCCCAUCUAAUUCCACGAUCUCUGUCGUACGAACGCACGAUCUCUUUCGGAUCAAUAGAACAAAAACCAACUAUUAACGAUGGAAGAAAUACCCCCGAGCAACGAGAGCGCUUUGUACUUUGCGAAGUUUCGUCGCAGUUGUCGCAACCGCGAGUCUUAUGACGCGAUCGCGGAAUUGGCGGCUGAAUUACGGCGUGCCUAUAUGGUAAAAGGGCUGCAGGCUCAGCUUGAUGAGAAACAGGCUCACGAAUACGCCGAGCUCGUGCGAAAACGCGAGAUCGCCGACCUGAUCCGCAAGGAACAACAGGAAGUGUUGGAGGAGGAUCUCCGGUGCCGGUCGGCGAUUUUACGGAAGUCGGAGGCGUACAGGCGGCAGCUGGACGAGCAGUUGACACGAAAGGAGGAAGAGAAAAGAGUCAUUGUGGAAGAGGCUCGUGAGUACAGGAAGUUCUUGGAAGAAGUGGACCGAGUGCAGGAGGAACAGGAACGGUCGAAGGCGCUGGAGAAAAAAUCCGAGCUUGUGGAGAGGACGAGGCAAGAGAGACUGAUCUUCGAGGAGAUGAGAGAAGUUCGUCGACAGGAGGAGCGUGAAGCGGAAGAGGAGAAGCGACUGAAAGAUCUAGAGUACUUGAAGGAGAUAGAGGAGAGAUCGAAGGAGGUGAGCAGACUUCGACAGGAGCAGAUGGAGAGGCGCGAGCGUAUCCUGCUGGAAACAACGAGGAUAAUGCUGGACGCUCAGGCUCGAAAACGAGAGAAGGAAGAGCGACUGAUUGAUCUUGUAGCUGAAGAGAUUAGGUGCGAGCUUGUAAUCAGGGAGAUGGAGGAGGCAAUGCGUAGGAAAAAGAUGCAGCAAGAACUGGCGGCUACUUUACGGGAACAGAUAGUCUUCACAGAACAGUGCAAACUGCGUUUUGUGGAGGAGGAUAGAGCAUGGGCCGAGGAAGUUAUAAGGAAGAUUAUGGAAGAUGAGAAGAUGGCGAGGUGCACGGCGGAGGCGAAGAGAAGGAUGAAAGUACAGUACCGGAAGGACCUGGAGAGUUUGAUUGAGCACCGCCGCAGGAUUCGUGAGGAGGAGAUUGCUAGGAUUGAGGAAAUCGUUAAAGAGCAACAGAGAUUGGAACUAGUUGAGGCGGAACGCGCGAAGGAAGAGAGAAAACGCUUGUUGAUGAUACACGCAGCUAAUAUUGCGGACUUCGUGAAUAGAGCGACUCUCACGGCUGAAGAACAAGAGAUCCUUGACGAAUUGAUGAAAAAAAAUGGGGACGGUGAAAAUAUCGACGAUAGAGACGUGAAAGAUUAAACGAGAUAAUAAAGCCUAACUAAUAGUAAGACAAUUUUAUCUCUAGAUGAAAUAUUCACUAGUACUCUUAGCGAGAGAAUCCGUUAAGAAGGUAAAGAAAAUAAUAACGAAAAACUAUUGUACUAGCUGUCCACGGAAGCAAUGGUCGAUCUGAGUUCACAGUAAUCACAGUAUUCACAAGUAACUAAGAUUGGUAGAUAAAGAGAAAGAAGCUAAGAUCGACGAAGAGAGUAACAUUAAAAUUAAAAAGGAAGUACAAUGUUAUAUAUACGUAGAAAAAGAAUCGCUUAGAAAGAGGCCAAGAGAGAGAUCGAAGAAAGAAACGCCAAAGGAAUUGCAGUGAUCUACGAGGAGAAAACUGAGAUUGACGACGACAGUAAUGUUAAAGAUGAAGAAAAAACGUGUUCCUUCUUCAACUUUUUGUGUGUUUAUUAACAAGAAAGGGAAAAAUUCAUAAGA